CAUACAGGUGGCACCUGCCUGAUGUAUUUAAGAAGGUGCUCUGACAGUAAAGUUACACCGAGGACCAGUCAAUAGAAGCGAGAAGACUUGUCCUCAGACGACAUGGCGGUGGCUGCCCUGGGACGACCAUUCACCUUAGGAAUGUUGUAUGACGGUCGCAAAGAUGAACUGAUACCAGGUUCCACAUUGUGGAAUGAAACAACUCUGCAAAAGAACACUGUUAGGAGCUCUCACCACAGCAGUAAAUUCGAAAUAACCACAUCUGAUUCUAUUGAAGACAAGUCCUCCCUGCUGGAUGUUGAUGCUUCUCUGAAGGCCAGUUUCCUGAGUGGACUGAUUGAAGUUGAAGGAUCUGCCAAGUAUCUGAAUGAACAUAAGAAAUUCAAGAAUCAGAGCAGAGUGACGUGUCAGUACAAAGCUACCACGGACUUCACACAGCUGUUAAUGAUUGACAUUGCAACCAUGAAUACCCAACAGACGGAUGUUAUUGAAAAGGGCUUUGCAACACAUGUAGUCACAGGUAUCCUUUAUGGGGCAAAUGCUUUCUUUGUGUUUGACAGUGAGCAGUUGGAAGCCAGCAGCGUUCAGGACAUCCAGGGCAGCAUGAAAGCUGUGAUAAAUAAGAUCCCCUCAUUUAAUAUUGAGGGAAAAGUUGACAUCAAGCUGUCUGAUAAAGAAAAAGCCCUGUCUGAGAAAUUCUCCUGCAAAUUCUUUGGAGACUUCAUUCUUGAAAGCAACCCUUCAACAUUUGUAGAUGCAGUGAAGACCUACAUACAACUUCCAAAGCUACUGGGAGAAAAGGCAGAGAACGGUGUGCCAGUGAAGGUCUGGCUGAUGCCACUGAAGAACUUGAAUCCCCAAGCUGCUGAGCUGACGAGUGUGAUCAGCGUUGGAAUAGUGAGGAAGGCUCAAGAAGCUCUACAGGACCUGCAUCAUCUGGAAAAACGAUGCAAUGAUUCUCUGGAGGACAAGGUAGUGACAGAUUUUCCACAAAUUCAUGAAAAGUUGAGCAGUUUCCAGACACUCUGUGUCGAUUUCAGAUCUGUACUCCAACAGACCAUGACGAGGAAGAUUCCCUUGAUCAGGGCAGGUGAAGAAGAUGAGAGCAAAUUAAAAGAAGUCUUAGAAGACCGAGACAAGUCACCAUUCAGUCACGAGAAAUUAACCGAGUGGCUGGAUAAUAAAGAGAGAGAAAUCACCAUCAUCCGGUCCUGUGUAGAGACCAUGGAGGGAGUAAAGAUCGUCCUGAAUCAGUCCGAGCUGGACAGAGAGGUUUUUGCUCCAGAUGUAGAAGAUGCUCUGUGCUUUGUUUUCACCUCCCUGGAGAGUGCUGACCCCUGCCUUGAUGAGAUGGCAAACUACUUGAAUUCAUCCAAUUCAAGAUGUACAAAUGAAGAUCCGUGGUACAUCUCAAGUGAAGUGAUAACCAAAAUGAGAGACAAAGCCAAAGCUUUCCAAGAUCUUCCCAAAGCCUUGAAGAACAGCAGCAGAUUCUCUUUCCUUGUAGCUGCCGUUGCAAAUGAGAAAUACAAAGGAGCAAGCAUCUACCAUUACAAGAACGGCAAUCUGGUCACUGAUGACUUCUCAAAGCCUGACAUCACUGAUGUGGAAAAUGUAACAGACAGAAGAGAUUUAAUCUGGUAUGCCCGUGAGCUCACCCUGGACCCAGACACAGCCUGCCCGACCCUAACUCUGUCUGAGGACAACAAGAAGGCGACACACGGAGCACGGCAGUCGUAUCCUGAACUCCCACAGAGAUUUGAUCCUUAUCCUCAGGUUCUGUGCAGAGAGGAGCUGACUGGGCGCUGUUACUGGGAGUUGGAGUGGAGUGCUGGCGGCACUGAGAAUGUUGCUGUUGGUGUUUGCUACAGAGGACUGUUCAGGAAAGGAGAAGAUGACUGGUGCAGGCUUGGAAAUAAUGCCAUGUCCUGGUGUCUCGGCCGCCUGUGGUUCUCACCCAAAGCUACUCUCUUUGCAAUGUAUGAUAGUCAGAGCCAUUAUUUGCCUUUUCCUGACUUCACCCGGCUGGGAGUGUAUCUGGACUGGCCUGCCGGCACUCUGUCUUACUACAAGGUCUCAUCCGACACACUGAGUCACAUCCACACCUUCCGCAACAAGUUCUCUGAGCCUGUUUACCCAGCCUUCAGGAUUUGGAAUGAAUCCUACUGCGUGUUGCUGUGUCUGUAAAUGUGACACCACAUGAUUUAAUCCAAAUUCAGUUCAAUUUGAUUACAAAAUGAUUGUUUUUAUUGUGAAGCACCAAGAUGUUGACACAAUGUAAAACAACAACGCAAGAAAAUAUCUACAAACAAAAUACAACUUAAAUACAAAAAUAACAAAAUGUAAACACAUCCGCCCCA